AUUAGGCUGGACUUGCUUUAAGAGUGGGUUGAAUUGGAGGAGUGCUCGCUGCAUAUAUGGUCCCAAUGGGUUUCCGGUCUGAACUCGCGCAUUCCCACCACCAUAAACACUCUUCAAGCCAUCGUAUCUUUCUCGUCUCAAUGAAGAGAGAAAGCCAGGAGGGGAGGGUCCUGCUCGUGCGUGUGUAUUUUCUUUAACUAGUUGACACUAGCAAGAGGAGACGGCAGCAUCCUCUGUCCCGCAUCUCCUCCAGAAUUUUCUGUUAUGCUAUAAACAGACCUUCAUGUGAACGAAGAAGGAUCCGCAUUCCAAAAACCAACGUGUUCCAUCAUUUUUUUUACCCCACGCAUUUUCUCAAAUGCUUUGACAUCUGGAAUGUGCUGUUUUCUUGCAAGCGUUGUUUCCAUGCCAGCAUGGGAACUGCAGUGUCCAAAAGGAAGAAUCUGAGAAAUGAUGCGAUUUCUUCGGUGGCAGCCAAAGUUAGAGCAGCUCGUGCAUUUGGAGAGUAUCUUCACACCCAUCCUGAGAACUGCAACGGAUCAGAUCACCUACUGUCUGACACCCUCGUUGGCCAAGACACUGACUCCCCAGACAGCCUGUGCACUCAGAACAACAACUUCCAUAGCUGCACCCACCAGGGCGACCCCAGCUUGAUCAAUCCUGCCCUGGGCCUUCUAGAACCUCCACCUCCGGCAGCUUCCUCCAAGAGCCGGCUGUCCCUAGAGCGCAGCUUUUCAGCAGAGGAGGACCAGCAGAAGUGCGUGGAGUGUUCCCUGCAGCCUGCUCGGGUCUACACCAUCACCGGAGAGAGCGGCAUGCUGGGAACCAGCAGGGGAAGCAAGGAGAACCUGGAGCUCGAGGUCUUGAAAGGGGCGCAGGAGGCAUGUCAUGCCCAAGCGCUUGCCCAGCUUUCUACAUCCUCCAACUCGUCUUCUCCUACCCAGCACCACCACCGCCACCAUGGAAGUGGAAGCGGAAGUAGAUCUGGAAACCAGCAACACAGCAACCCAUAUCAUGGCAACCACCAUCACAGCAACACCAGCGCAAGUGGAACCAGUGGCGGAAAUGGUGGAACAAACCCCCACCAGCACAUCUCCAGUGGGGGAACGUCGCACCAUCAACACGGGGUGCCCCAUCACCACCACCUUUCACAGCCUCUGCAGAGCUCGGUCAGCGCACACAACAUCCGAGGCUGGGGGGAGGGAAAGGACUGCGGCCUGGUGUGUGAGGCCUGUCCCGGGGCUCCCUCGCGUAGUCAGGGCUCCCUUGACCUGGAAAGCAGCACCCGAGAGGCAGGCAAGCAGCGCCGGCCACCACUUGAGCGGAUGUGCAGUGUGGACCGCAUGACUGGGCUGGAGCGAGAAGAUAACAGUUGGUUCCCUAAAGAGAGCAUGUUCAGCUUUCAGACUGCUACAACGACCAUGCAGGC